AUGGAAGAUAAGGAUCAGGAAUUUGGUUUACAAUUUAAUAGUUACAUUAUCAAAUACAAAAUUAUAAAUAAUACUGCAUCUUAUAGGGGAGGUGGAUUCUAUUUUGAAGAAGAUUCCUAAAGAUUCACUAUUCAAUCUACAUUAAUUGUUAAUAAUUCAGCAGAAGAAGCAGGUGGCAUAUAUUUAGGUGGAAUAAGCAGUUUAAAUCAAAAUAAUUUAAUUUAAUCUCUCGUUUUAUUUAAUAAUGUUAAACUGGGAUCAAAUAAUAUUAAAGAAAUACCCUAACAUUUGUCUUUAUCAAUAAAUUAAAUGGAAAUGUAAUUCCAAAAAGAAAAAUUGAUAACAGUUCUUUUCAAGACUUACAAUUAAAACCAUUUCAAAUUCUAUCUUAAGGUAAAGUAGUAUCAACUAAUUUUUUACUUAUCCCUAGUGGUUAAUAAAUAUAGAAUUUUGAACUUUAUGAUCCUAAUCGUUUGAAAUUUUUAUCUUACAUCAAUGAAUUCACAAUAAAGUUCAAGAAUAGUAUGAAUGAACAUGUAAUAAAUUUUUCAACUCUACUUCUAAUAUAAAUUAUUUAAUUUUUGAUAUUGUAACUUCAAAGGUAAUUGAAUCUAAAACAGUAUCAACAUUAAGCUUUAAUAAUGAAAUUAAUAGUUUCAACCUUGGAUCUUUAACAUUUAAUAUGGAUCCGUUUAAGCAGGAAGAUCCAAUUUAUGAAAUUUUAAUUUAUUGUAAAACAGAAUAUCAGAUAAUAUGUGAAUAAAAAGAGAAAUAAGUUAUUUCAUCUAUCAUAUAAACAUUCAUCUUUUUAGACAGCAUAAUCUUAGGUUAUCCAUUUAUUAAUGAUAUUCUAACAGUUUAUUGUAAAAAAUACAUGUUGCAAAUAUUAUCAUUGA